GCGGCGCCCAGCGCCAUGGCCCAGCCGCGGCCGGGCGGCGUCGGCGGUCUCGAGGCGGCGGAGCCCUGGGCUGAGCCCCCCGGCCCGGAGGCGGCAGCGGGGAGCGGCCCGCGGCGGGUGGCGGAGGCGGAGGAGAGCGGCGGGGGCUGCAGCGAGGAGGACGCGGGGCGCUGCGGGGCCAGUGGUGGGGAACAUGAUGACGACUUUGACCAGAACUGGAAACCACCAGACAAUGACCUGAUCCAGAAGUUAAUAGCACAGAUUGAAUAUUACUUCUCAGAUGAGAACCUUGAGAAAGAUGCCUUUCUUCUAAAGCAUGUGAGAAGAAAUAAGAUGGGCUAUGUCAGUGUUAAACUCCUCACUUCUUUUAAGAAGGUGAAACAUCUUACCCGUGACUGGCGAACCACAGCCUAUGCACUGAAGUACUCUGAAACUCUUGAGCUCAAUGAUGAUAACAGAAAGGUUAGAAGAAAUACUCCAGUUCCGGUGUUUCCCGGUGAAAACCUUCCUACCAGAAUGUUACUCGUGUAUGAUAUCCACAUGAUUUCUGAACUGCAGGGUCUUAACAAACAACAAGAAAAUGGAUGUAUGCAAGAAAAGGUAAUGGAGCAUCUCCUCAAAGCCUUUGUAACUUUUGGUGUAAUUUCAUCAGUUCGGAUUAUCAAGCCUGGUAGGGAUCUACCACCUGAUAUCAGGAGGUUCAGCAGCCAGUACACCCAAGUGGGAACACAGGUAUGUGCAGUUAUAGAAUUUGAAGAAGUAGAUGCUGCUGUACGUGCUCAUGACUUCAUGUGUGCUGAAAAGAAAGAGACUGGUAUGAAAGUUGUCCUAAUAGGCAUGAAACCUCCAAAGAAAAAGGUUCCUAAAGACAAGAACCAUGAUGAGGACACCAGCAAGAAUUUUAAGAAGGUUAAAUCUCUUAACAAGAGAGUUGAGGAACUUCAGUUUGUUGGUGAUGAAUCUUCAGCAAAUAGCUCUUCUGACCCAGAGAGUAAUCCUGCAUCACCACUGUCAGGACGUAAAAGUACUGCAACAAGUACUACAAAUAAGUUGAGUCCUGUCAUUCACCCAAACAACCAUUUGAGUCCUAAUGUGUCACCCAGAUCAAGUCCUUGGAAUAGUCCAUCUUCUCUAAGAAAAGUAACCAAAAAGUCGCCGCUGGCUGAAGACAGCAAACUUAAUCCAAGUACUAGCCCUGAAAUUCCAAGGAAAUGUACAGAUUAUUCUUCAGAUAGCAGUAUCACUCCAUCUGGUAGCCCCUGGGUACAGCGAAGAAAAGCUCAAACUGUAACGCAAGAGAAGAGUCCAGGCACUAGCCCCAUGUUAGCUCGGAAAAUACAAAAUGCAGAUGGUCUACCUGUAGGGGUGCUGCGGCUGCCUAAAGGUCCUGAUGGCACUAAAGGAUUCCAUAGCGGAUGUGAAAGAAGGAAAGCCAUGAAGAAUGAAUAAAUCUUUAUUUCAGAAUAAUUCCACAAGUAAGCCAAUUGCUUUUGUUCAAGCCUGGUGAAAGACUGUCACUUGAGUGACUGAGUUAAGUCAGUAUUUAAUUUUUAAAUAUUUUAUAUUUAUACGGAGACUUUAUCAUUUGUACAUUUGUAUUUUCACUUCACGGAAUAGUUGAUGUUGGAAGGCAUCUCUGGAGACCGUCCAGUGCACCCCUCCUGCUGAAGCACAGUCAGCUACAGCAGGUCAGUUAGCACCAUGUCCAGUUGGGUUUUGAAUAUCUAUAAGGAUAGAGACUCCCCAACCUCUCUGGGCAACUUGUUCCAGUGUUCAAACACCCACACAAUAAAAAAAAACAUUUCCUUAUGUUCAGGUAGAAUUUCUGAUGUUUCAGUUUUUACCCCUUUUCCUUUUACUAGGCGACACUGAGAAGAGCCUGGCUACAUCUUCUUUAUUCCUUCCCAUCAGAUACUGAUGAUACAAAUAUACUGAUGAGAUCCACCCUGAGCCUUCUCCAAUCUAAACAGCCCCAGCUCUCUCCCCCUCCAAUAUGAGGGAUGCUCCAAUCCCUUAAUCAUCUUAUACACUUAACCUAAUACAGUACCCUUAUCCACAUUAUUUCUAUUAGUGUGAAAUGGCUAAACACUGAAACAGGCAUCUAAAAUCAUUAAUAUAAUUACACUAUUUGCAAACCGGAGGAGCAGGAUGUAAAUGCUUACUGUAUAGCCGUUGUAUUAUGAUAAGCUGUCAUAUGUUACCAGUCAAAUCAUAAGGAACGUAAGUUUUGAAGACUUUCUGAGUUUGUCUCAAAAGAAACAGAGAAACAUGCUACAAUGAGCAGUUGCUCUCUGCUUGCAUAUCUCCCCAGAGAGUUGUUUAAUAGGACCAAAAUGUUUAUUUUCCUGUGAUGUGAGUAAAGACUCUGAGCAUUGAAGACUGUUCUGUGUUAUCUCAUAUAAUCAGAUGGAAAUAAACUAAAUAUUAACUCA